AUUCAAGAGUAUGAAAACGUAUCCCGUGCGUCGACGCCUCAAUUGAGUUGCGGCUUUGCUGUCUUGUCGUUUUCUUAACUUGCGCACACCCGAGGUUGCAGGUCCCUGUGUUUGCUUCAACAGAAGGGACGGGAGCCUCUAAAAAUCCGUCGCCUCCCACCAACUCGCUGACGGACUGGUCCCGAGGUAUCCAUUAUCAAUCACGGUGGUUUUGUUGGAUCUGGCUGGUCGCUGUGCUGGGCUCCAGGCUCUGAAAGCAGUAAGGUCGGCCGCAGCCGAGAAAUAGACUAAUUUUCGUCUUGGCGAGGGCUCUCCUCUUGAGGAUGCCCGUGAAUCGAGGAUAAAAAAUGCGUUGGUGGAUGUUUCCCAUGACAUACAGCCCGCGUCAUCAGUCGCAAUCCACGCCACACUGCGAGCACUUUGCCGAUCGUGAGAUGACGACCGACAUUGGAUGAAGAUCGGAUAAACGCCUGUCAGAUCUUUGCCUCCAGAUCCCGAUUUGGGUUUAUCGCGUGACUGCUUUAUCCACGACGUCGCGCCGGCCGCAGCACUCUGAUACUGAAAAAAAUCCUCGGCUUGCGACUGCGACCGCACUUUCAUCAGCUUUGAUCCACCCACGGUGGUCGCUAGCUUGGCACGUGAGGAAGGGCGAGGGCGAAGGCCUCUAGAGUCCGGGUGCAUGUACGCUUCCGGGGAGCGUCUGAAAGAUGAGGGUUCAAGACUACAGGUCGUGGUUGCGGGCGCAACGGCCGGAAUGGUAGCCCGCUUCGUCAUCGCGCCCCUCGACGUCGUCAAGAUCCGGCUCCAGCUGCAGACGCACUCGCUCUCGGACCCGCUGUCGCUCCGGGACCUGCGCCGCGGCGGCGCCGUCGUCGGGCCCGUGUACAAGGGCACGAUCUCGACGAUGCGCCAGAUCGUACGGGCCGAGGGCCUGACGGGCCUGUGGAAGGGCAACGUGCCGGCCGAGCUGCUGUACAUCGCCUACUCGGCCAUCCAGUUCACGGCCUACCGCUCGGUGGCCCAACUGUUAAAGCGUGUCGGCGACGAGACGGGCGGCCGCCGCCUGCCGCCCGCCGCCGAGUCCUUCGUCGCGGGCGCGGCCGCCGGCGUCGCCGCCACGACCGCCACGUACCCGCUCGACCUGCUGCGCACCCGCUUCGCCGCCCAGGGCGUCGACCGCGUCUACCCGUCGCUCCGCCGCGCCGUGGCCGACAUCUGGCGCGACGAGGGCCCGCGGGGCUUCUUCCGCGGCCUGUCCCCGGCCGUCGGCCAGACGGUGCCCUUUAUGGGCAUCUUCUUCGCCGCCUACGAGUCCCUGCGCGCGCCCCUGUCGGACGCGAGGCUGCUGCCGCCGUCGUUCCUGUGGGGCGGCCAGCUGGCGCUCGCCAGCAUCGCCGCCAGCGCCGUCGCCAAGACGGCCGUCUUCCCGCUCGACCUGGUCCGCCGCCGCAUCCAGGUCCAGGGCCCCACGCGCUCCCGCUACGUCCACAGGAACAUACCCGAGUACCGCCGCGGCGCCCUCCACACCGUCUCCGUCAUCCUCCGCGCCGAGGGCGUGCGCGGCCUGUACCGCGGUCUGACCGUCAGUCUGCUCAAGGCGGCGCCCGCGAGCGCCGUCACCAUGUGGACGUACGAGCGUGUCCUGAGGACCCUGAUUCAGCUGGAACAGAGCGGGCACGAGAAGGCAUUAUAGGGCCGUCCCCAGGCCGCGUCACUUCCACCGUUUGAUCGCAUAGCGUCACUGUACAAUACCUGUUUUGCGCGUCGCACAAUGCCCAUACAUAGGAUAGAAGACCGCAUAGAAGGGCAUAGGCGUGUAAUAGGAGCGAGACAUAAUCACUGGCCGCUUGAACAACACUAAUACCGGACCUCAAAGCACAAGCACCUCGUAGUCACAUCGUGUGCCUACCGACCAGCAAAUGCCAUCCAGUUGAGCAGAGGAUAACGAAAAGACAAGUGAUAAAAGAAAAGUCUAUGUCGCAUUUUGUAUUUAUUGUACAGCUGGUAUCAACCGCUUCCAUCUGCAGGAGAGCAGCUGGCUCUUCCAGUCGGACUUUGAGCCAUUAAAGCCUCCCUCCGUUUUUGUUCUUGUUUCAAAACUCAUGUUUUUUUAUAUAUUUCCAUUCCGCCGCUCCUACGACGGCCAGCGGGUGUAAUGCGAAGUUAUUUUCCUUUCCUGA